GAGUUCUCUCCCAUUGUCCCAAGUCCUGGCUCCCAGGCCCCCUGUAUGAGUGACGCCUCAGUCUGCCAUGGAACCUGGCCCUGCCCUGGCCUGGCUCCUGCUCCUGAGCCUGCUGGCGGAUUGUCUGAAAGCCGCUCAGUCGCGAGACUUCACAGUGAAAGACAUUGUCUACCUCCACCCUUCAACCACGCCAUAUCCUGGUGGAUUUAAGUGUUUCACCUGUGAAAAGGCAGCAGACAAUUAUGAGUGCAACCGAUGGGCUCCAGACAUCUACUGUCCUCGAGAGACCAGAUACUGCUACACUCAGCAUACAAUGGAAGUCACAGGAAACAGCAUCUCUGUCACCAAACGCUGCGUUCCACUGGAAGAGUGCUUGUCCACUGGCUGCAGAGAUUCUGAGCAUGAAGGCCACAAGGUCUGCACUUCCUGUUGUGAAGGAAAUAUCUGUAACUUGCCACUCCCCCGAAAUGAAACCGAUGCCACAUUUGCCACAACAUCACCCAUAAAUCAGACAAAUGGGCACCCACACUGCAUGUCAGUGAUCGUGUCCUGCUUGUGGGUGUGGUUGGGACUCACAUUAUAGCAGCUCAAAGACGCCAUGUAUAGUAGCAAGCCAUGGGGAUCUCCAUGGUCCAUAGUCAUGCAUGAGUCGUUGACUUGACAAUAGUUACACAUGGGAAACCACAACACUCACAGAUGUCUUCACAGCCAAGCAUCGCCAUUUACCAUGAGGAACAAGCGUUGUGUCAGUGUAGUCAUUUCAAGUCCAAGACCUCAUCAAAGCCAGCCUGCCCCCAAAAUAGACCCUGAGUCGUAUACCACGAACCUUUCUUUUCACUCCAGGAAAUAGUUCUGCAUUUAUUGAUGUCUGAGUCUCUUUAUUUGGAAUACAUGCAUGAGCCACAAGAGGUCCUGGGACCCUUGAGAUGUUAGAUGAUAUGUUAUGUGGACAUGCAUAGAUGUGUGUGCUUCAGGAAAAAGGUAAAGACCACUGGUUUGGAUAUGACUUUAUUUAUAGCUUUAGAAUUUUAAAACUUUGAUUCCAAAAGGAACAGACUGUUUCCUUGGAGACUCUGACUGAGUCCCUAAAAAAGUAGUAUGCAGUUGUCCAAUUUAAUUUUCCCAACAUUUUUCUCCCAGUGGUGGGAAUCCUAUUCCCUCUGCUCUCUGUGGGAAAUAAAAGGCAAUCAUAAAUUUGUUGUAUAGGGGGAGGGCUAGUUGGAGAAAGAUUUUUCCCAACUUAAUGGAACUAUUAUCCAUAAAGUACCUUGCAUAGCCUUGCAUUAAAAUUGGUGAGAUUGACCUUGAUUUGGCACCUCAUUGUGCUCCAUGAGAUCCUGGGUUCUACCUGGGCCAAAGGGUAUCCAAAGAGUCCCAAAGCAGGAUGGAGUUUUCUCCAGUCAUGGGUCUAUUCAGGCAUAGAUAAUCUAAGGAGAGAGAGGAUAUCAGAAUGAAAGGAAAGAGACAUGUGCAGGUUGACCCGAGUUCACCGCGAGGGCCCAGUCAGUAGCUUAGUCAGAUUGUCCUUCUGCACUUCAUACUGCCAGAGAGCCCUCGGGGUUCUUCCUCUUUCAAAUCCUCAGUGACUUUAGGGAGAAGGCUCUACACUACAUUAUCUCAAGACUGAUAGGGAAGGAAGACAUAAUAUCCUAGAAUGAGAAGGAGGUAAGCCAGUUGGGUGAUGGUGAGACUAGUAAGGAGACCCAGGGGGAGUUUUUCUUUUAGGUGAUUGCUUUUGAAGUAGAUGGUAAAAUUUUUGCCAUCCUUCCUGUAUUUUUUGGCCUGAGUUACAACUUUUUCUUCUUCCUUGUAAAUCAUUUAUACAAUAUUUAUUUUUGUAUG